AUGGGUUCUGGAUCUUCCAAGCCGGAUACGGCUCCCAAGACGCAAGUCUGGACCAGCGAAACACCAGUCCGGUUCUCGCAGGGCUUGGUAGAUUCUCUGCAGUCGAGCUCUGAGACAGAUUCCACACGCGCCAAAACCCUCGAACUCCAUAUCCAAGCUAGAGUCUCCGAAGAACUCAAGAAACUCCAGGACAAAGCCGCAAAAGACUUUGAAGAGCUCUCCGCCAAGAUCUCUGCUGCCGAAGACUCCAUAAAGAACAAGGCGGGCGAAGGCAAGUCAGAAGGCGAUCACCUGCGGCAAUUGGGUCGCGAGGCGGUACAGAAUGAUGUUGAGGGUCUGAAGAAGAAGCUCGAGCAGAGGAGGAAGUUGGCAGAUGUGGAUGACGGUGUUGAGAAGGCAAAGAGUGAGGUCGUCAAGUGUUUGAGAGCGAAUGAUAGGAGGCCGUUGGAUUGCUGGAAGGAGGUUGAGACGUUCAGGCAGGAGGUUAGGAGGUUGGAAGGGGUUUGGGUGGAAAAGAUCGUGAGAUGA